AUAAGGAUGAAGGAAGAUCAGAAAUAAGGAAGUCACACCUGGUUCCAUCCAGAAAAGCAGCUUCAGUGGACUCAGCCAUUGCAUCCCGAUUUCCCCGGUCCCUUCUAAUCAAGAUGAACCAUCCCACCCAGAGCAGUACACAAAUGCAAUCUGAGGAGCCAAGGACUGGCCAGGCAAAUGGAAGACUUGUAAACCACUCUCUGCAGUCAGUUAAAUUUAAUCCCACAGUACGACACAUAGUAAUUAAUGAGGAUACUGAUGUCACUUUUAAUUGCUCAAUUAAUGUACCUCGAUUAUUAAUCAAUCAAGAUUCUUUUGUUAUUGCCUUGUGGAAAGAUGGGAAGGAACUGCAUGUACCUGACCGCAUAGCCAGCCGAUAUUACGAGGUUUUUGAUGGGGAAGAAAUAACAUUGAUCUCUACCUUCAGCAUAAUCCGUGCACAGCGCUCCGAUAAUGGAUCCUACAGCUGUAAGCUGAAAAUCCACAAUGAUGAGAUCGUGUCAGACCCAAUAUUUGUUCAGCUGGAAGGGCUCCCACACUUCAUCCAGCAGCCCCGGAGCCUGAAUGUUACUAGGAACAGGCCUUUCAAUCUCACCUGCCAUGCGGUGGGGCCUCCAGAGCCUGUACAGAUUCACUGGUUUUGGAACAGCAGCAAAGUGAAUGAAAAACCUGACAUUUCUCCCUCCAUCCUAACUGUGCCAGGGCUUAAUGAACCAGCAAUCUUCAGCUGUGAAGCUCACAACAGAAAAGGACUGAGUACAUCAAUUGAAGGGCAGAUUAACAUAAAAGGAAUACCAUCUCCACCCAUGAAUGUGCAUGCCCUGAACAGAUCAGCCCAUGACAUUUUGAUUGCCUGGAUCCCAGGCUUUGAUGGCUACUCUCCUUUCAACAGCUGCAGUGUUCAGGUCAAGGAAGCUGUUCCACAAAGUGAUGGCUCACUGAUGAUCUACAACAUCUCUGCACCGCCUCAUCUGUAUCACAUCCAGCAGCUGUUGCCCAUGGUGGAUUAUAGUGUUCGUGUUUCCUGUAUGAAUGAGGUUGGCUGGUCUGCAUUUAGCCCCUGGAUUCCAGCCAGCACAACUGAAGGAGCCCCAUCUGUUCCACCUCUGAAUGUAACAGUGUCAUUCAAUGAGUCCAGCUCCUCCCUGGAAAUCAGAUGGGUCAGGCCACCCAUUGGGCCAGUGCAUGGUGAGCUGCAGGGCUACAAGAUUUUGCAUCAGUGGCAGAACUCCAAGUUAACUCAGAAUCUUUCUUCUGAAGUCAAGCAGAAUGCCAGCUCUGCCAUCAUCCCUGUGGUUGCUACCAAUUCCACAUGUUCUGUGCGAGUUGCUGCCUUCACAAAGGGAGGAGUUGGGCCCUUCAGUGACCCUGUGGAAGUCUUCAUUCCGGGGAACGGUUUAAUAACCUUGGCACCUUCUUCGACGCCAGCAUCUGGAAAUACAGAGCCCUUUGUCAUAGUCCUUGGCGUUUUCUGUGGGCUUGCUUCUGUUGGGCUGAUCCUAUAUCUCUCUGUGAUUAUCAAGAAAAGGUUGACAGAAACAAAAUUUGGGAAUGCUUUCAGCCCCAGUGAUUCAGACCUGGCAGUAAACUUCACAGCGAAGAAAUCCUACUGUCGGAGAGCUGUUGAACUUACAUUGGGCAGCCUGGGCGUCAGCGAGGAACUGCAGCAGAAGCUCCAGGACGUUGUGAUUGAUAGAAAUUCCCUCACCCUGGGGAAGAUUCUGGGAGAAGGAGAGUUUGGGUCAGUGAUGGAGGGGCAUCUGAGCUUGCCCGAUGGGAGGACUCAGAAAGUAGCCGUAAAGACCAUGAAGUUGGAUAGCUUUUCCCAACGAGAGAUUGAAGAGUUCCUCAGUGAAGCAGCCUGCAUGAAGGACUUUGACCACCCAAACGUCAUCAGACUCCUAGGUGUCUGUAUAGAGCUGAGCUCUCACCAGGUCCCCAAGCCCAUGGUUAUUCUCCCAUUCAUGCAAUAUGGGGACCUGCACAGCUUCCUGCUUCGCUCAAGGCUUGAAACAGGUCCUCAGUAUGUACCACUGCAGACUUUGCUGAAAUUUAUGGUUGAUAUUGCACUAGGAAUGGAGUACCUGAGUAGCAAGCAUUUUCUUCACAGAGAUUUAGCUGCUCGAAACUGCAUGUUACGGAACGACAUGACUGUGUGCGUAGCAGAUUUUGGUUUAUCGAAGAAGAUUUAUAGUGGAGAUUAUUACCGUCAGGGGCGUAUUGCAAAAAUGCCUGUAAAAUGGAUUGCAAUAGAGAGCCUUGCAGAUCGGGUGUACACAACCAAGAGUGACGUGUGGGCGUUUGGUGUCACAAUGUGGGAGAUAGCAACCCGUGGAAUGACUCCCUACCCAGGAGUGCAGAACCAUGAAAUCUAUGACUACCUUUUUCAUGGUCACAGGUUGAAACAGCCAGAAGGUUGCUUAGAUGAGAUGUAUAAGAUAAUGUACUCCUGCUGGAAAGCAGAUCCUGUGGACCGACCUACAUUCUCACAGUUAAAAAUCCAGCUAGAGAAGCUGCUGGAAAGCUUGCCUGAGGUGAAGGGGUCUGAAGAUGUCAUUUACAUCAACACAAGCCUGCUAGAGGAAGAGGAGGAGGAAGAGUUGACAAAAGAUUCAGGAUUCCCUGAGAUAGACACAGAUCUCAAUCCCAAUGAUAUCAUUGAGUCCUGCUCCCAAGAAUUGCAUGCAGCCAUUGUCAAGGUUGAUGUCCAUGAAAGUGAGCAGCAGGAGGAAAGGUAUAUUUUAGAACGGAUUGCUGAAAACCCAGUGGCUGGUGCCAGGAGGGUGGAGCAGGUGAACACUCCUUUGCUGCAGCAUGAUGUUUCUCCAAAUGGAACUUCUUGGCCUGAGGCAGACACACAGCCCUUGAGCAGCCUGCUAGGAGACACGUUGUUGUAUGCAGAUGAUUCAUUUGAGGAUUCUGAAGUUCUGCUGUGAAACAAGAACUGGGUUCUUGGACUCUGAAAAUUGGAGAACUGAGCUGUUCUGUGGCUCAAAAUGCACAGCAAAGAUUUCACUUGGUAUAUUUGUGUGUUACAGAAUGAGCAUUAUAGGAAAAUAUGCUGUUCAAAUAUGGUCUAACUGGUGGCCACAGAACCAUGAACUCUUUGAACUUGUAUAAAGCGUUAUCUAUAGCAAUCUAUAUAUAGAAAGAGAGAUGAGAUUAUAUUUUAAUAAAUGACAGCCUGUCUAUUUUGGUCUAUUUUAUUUCUUCUGUUAUUGCUAUUUUUGUAUCAGAGUUUUUUCCCUUUCCUGGAGGAUUUUCCUAUGUAUAUAUGUCAAUAUUAAAAUGAUGUUUCUCAUGCUGUUCUUUUUAUUAUUAA